GCUUUGUUUAAAGGGAAUGUGAAGGGGGAGGAGGAGGGAGUUGGCAACUAGCAACUCUCAACCUCAGAAGGCAAAUAUCUUGAGAGUUGAGGGAAAUCUGGAGAUAGUGAACAUUUCCACUGAAGUCAGGGAAGAGCUUUGAUUUCAUUUUUAACCACAGCCUUGUCCUUCCGAGGCUGGUAGAAUGUGCUGAGAGGAAGGACCGGACCGGGGGCGAGAAGGAAGGGGAAGCAGGAAGCUGCCAUUUUGGUUUCACUCUGGGUCAGAAUUGCCAAGAGUGAAUGGCUGAGAGGAAGCCUUUGAGGAAGGCUGUAGGCCUGCUAGCCCUCCCCAGCGUCCCAGCUUACUGCUUGAGGAGGAGAGGAGCAGCAAGUGUGUGAAGCUGAGGUGUGGGACGCUGGUGAGAUCCUGAGCUACCUGUGGGCAGUGUAGCCGUAGACAUCCAGGGCUGAAUCGGGGUCCACCCGAGAAUGGAGUGUGAUGCGGUGGGUGAUAUGAGCAGCCUCUCUGGGACUUUCAGAAGACAAGACUCAGGGACCCAGACCCGCUUCAGCCAGGAGCCAGCUGACCAGACUGUGGUGGCUGGACAGCGAGCCGUGCUCCCCUGUGUGCUCCUCAACUACUCUGGCAUCGUACAAUGGACCAAGGAUGGGCUGGCCCUGGGCAUGGGACAAGGCCUCAAAGCCUGGCCGAGGUACAGGGUCGUGGGCUCCGCGGAUGCCGGGCAGUACAACCUGGAGAUCACAGAUGCCGAACUCUCUGACGACGCCUCUUACGAGUGCCAGGCCACGGAGGCCGCGCUGCGCUCCCGGAGGGCCAAACUCACCGUGCUCAUUCCCCCGGAGGACACCCGGAUUGACGGCGGCCCCGUGAUCCUGCUGCAGGCAGGCACCCCCCACAACCUCACCUGCCGAGCCUUCAGUGCCAAGCCUGCCGCCACCAUCAUCUGGUUCCGGGAUGGAACGCAGCAGGAAGGUGCCGUGGCCAGCACGGAACUGCUGAAGGACGGGAAGAGGGAGACUACCAUCAGCCAGCUGCUCAUUAACCCCACAGACCUGGAUAUUGGGCGCGUCUUCACCUGCCGCAGCACGAACGAGGCCAUCCCUGGUGGCAAGGAGACUUCCAUUGAGCUGGACGUGCAUCAUCCUCCUACUGUGACUCUGUCCAUUGAGCCUCAGACAGUGCAGGAGGGCGAGCGGGUGGUCUUCACGUGCCAGGCCACAGCCAACCCUGAGAUCUUGGGCUACAGGUGGGCCAAGGGGGGUUUCUUGAUUGAAGAUGCCCACGAGAGUCGCUAUGAGACAAAUGUCGACUAUUCCUUCUUCACGGAGCCUGUGUCUUGUGAGGUCCACAACAAAGUGGGGAGCACCAACGUCAGCACUUUAGUAAAUGUCCACUUUGCCCCCCGCAUAGUAGUGGACCCCAAGCCCACAACCACAGACAUCGGCUCUGAUGUGACCCUCACCUGUGUCUGGGUUGGGAAUCCCCCCCUCACCCUUACCUGGACCAAAAAGGACUCAAACAUGGGGUCCCGGCCUCCUGGCUCCCCACCCGAGGCUGCUCUCUCUGCCCAGGUCCUGAGUAACAGCAACCAGCUGCUGCUGAAGUCCGUGACGCAGGCAGAUGCUGGCACCUACACCUGCCGGGCCAUCGUGCCUCGGAUUGGAGUGGCUGAGCGGGAGGUGCCACUCUACGUGAACGGGCCCCCCAUCAUCUCCAGUGAAGCCGUGCAGUACGCUGUGAGGGGUGACGGUGGCAAGGUGGAAUGCUUCAUUGGGAGCACGCCACCCCCAGACCGCAUUGCAUGGGCAUGGAAGGAGAACUUCCUGGAGGUGGGGACUCUGGAACGCUACACAGUGGAGAGGACCAACUCCGGCAGCGGGGUGCUGUCCACGCUCACCAUCAACAACGUCAUGGAGGCCGACUUCCAGACCCACUACAACUGCACUGCCUGGAACAGCUUCGGGCCCGGCACAGCCAUCAUCCAGCUGGUAGAGCGAGAGGUGCUGCCUGUGGGCAUCAUCGCUGGGGCCACCAUCGGCGCGGGCAUCCUGCUCAUCUUCUUCUUCAUCGCCUUGGUGUUCUUCCUGUAUCGUCGUCGCAAAGGCAGCCGCAAGGAUGUGACCCUGAGGAAGCUGGACAUCAAGGUGGAGACAGUGAACCGAGAGCCUCUCACGAUGCAUUCUGACCGGGACGAUGACACCGCCAGCGUCUCCACAGCAACCCGGGUCAUGAAGGCCAUCUACUCGUCCUUUAAGGAUGAUGUGGAUGUGAAGCAGGACCUGCGCUGUGACACCAUUGACACCCGGGAGGAGUAUGAGAUGAAGGACCCCACCAACGGCUACUACAAUGUGCGUGCACACGAAGACCGCCCGUCCUCCAGGGCAGUGCUCUAUGCUGACUACCGUGCCCCUGGCCCUACCCGCUUCGAUGGUCGCCCCUCGUCCCGUCUGUCCCACUCCAGUGGCUAUGCUCAGCUCAACACCUACAGCCGCGCCCCUGCCUCUGACUACGGCCCUGAGCCCGCACCCCCUGGCUCAGCUGCCCCAGCUGGCACCGACACCACCAGCCAGCUGUCCUAUGAGAACUAUGAGAAGUUCAACUCCCAUCCCUUCCCUGGGGCAUCUGGGUACCCCACUUAUCGACUGGGUUACCCCCAGGCUCCCCCCACAGGCCUGGAGCGGACCCCAUACGAGGCGUACGACCCCAUUGGCAAGUACGCAACAGCCACGAGGUUCUCCUACACCUCCCAGCACUCAGACUAUGGCCAGCGGUUCCAGCAGCGCAUGCAGACUCAUGUGUAGGGCCCAGAGUCUGCUGGGAGUCUCUGCGGGGCAGAGGAGAAGGCUUUCACAGCUGUUCCCUGAUAUUCAGGGGCAUUGCUUCUCACUCCCUUCUCGGACCAGCCUUCCUCCUCCUGCCAUGACAGAUGUGGAGCAGGUCUCCCAGAAGCACCCCAUCCUGAGGAUGGUGCUCUGUGCAUGCCCCAGCCUCCCGGGCCUGCCCUCCCCUCUUCUUCGGGAGGAGGUGUCUCUUCUGACCUGUGCUCUUGCCUGAUCCCAACAUGAGGACAGGGGAAGUGAAGCUUGGGGAGAGCAGGGGGCCGCUUUUUAGCAUUCCCUUUCUACCCCAUCCCUCAGGUCUCCCGUAGGUGGGCAGAGGAGGAUGCAGGGGUGGGCAGGCUUUGGCCCAAGGCACAUGAAGCACGGGAGUGGGGGGCUUCGGCACAGACAGGUGGAAAGCAGGACAGCUCAGCCAGUCCUUUCCUGUGUUGUCUGUAUUCAUGCCCUGGGUGCAUCAUUCCCUCCUCUGAGGACUGCGGAAGGGACCCUGCAUUUAGUUGAGCUCUUUGUCUACAGAACAGCCCUAGCACUAAGUUCAGCUGGGGUCAGAAUGCCAGUCACUCUGGUGCCACUGUGGACAUGUCUGUCCAGAGGGAUCCAGACAUCACCAGUAGUGCUGCCCCCUUUCCUUCUCCUCCAUGCUGGGCCAGUCAAAUAAAGCAGGGUUUGAGGGGAGAAAGAUAGUUCCAUGCCCUGAUGGACUGGCAGGAGACCGCUGUGUGGUGCGCGGCAGCUCCCAGAACCAACACUAGAGGGAGCCACUUGGGCACCUUUCUCUCCCCAGUGUACCCCACUAACUGGCUUUAUCUGGAGCCUCCUACGGAGUGCUAGAUUGUGGUAGGUAGGCUGUUUUUCAGAGGCAAUGAAAACCUCACUUGGAAUGAAAAGCUAUAGGGGUUCUCCCACCCAAAUACGAAUCCCAGUGGAAAGGAAAUGGUCCACUUGUUCUCCACCAGGUUCCUGUCAUCCUCCAUUACCCUUGUAUCUAAGCACUUUGAACCCAUUGUGUACAUUCAGGUGGUAAGACCUGUCAGCAGGCAGGUGGGCUCCAUGGAGGUAGGGAAGGGCUUGCAGCCUCUGCUGUCCUCCCCUAGGCUCACUGGCUGGUCAGAGGCCACCUUCCAGAAGGCCUAGGAGAUGUUCUGUCCAGACAGGUUUUGGUUUAAGUGUCUUUUUCUUUUUGGACCAAUCAUUUCUUCCACUUUCAGUGCCUUGAGUGUCAUGGUUUGGACGACCGUCCCCAUGGGCGAUCAUGUAGGGAGCAAGUACUUGUGAGCCUCAGACAGGCUGCCAAGUGUUACAGUGUUGAAAGGGAGAUGGGAGAGGGCUGGAAAUGGCCCCGACGACGGAGAAGGUGGCCCAAAGGGCACUGCAGGCAUUCCUCGCCUGUGCUUCCUUGUCCCACACCCACAUGCACACGCGCCCACACACAUUCCAGCCAUCACUUCCCAGCUGCCACUUUCUGACCAAAGAGAGCAGGCACUCCAAAGAGAACCUAUGCCCCUGCCCUGGCCUCACCUCCCCAGGAAGCUACACAUGGAGUCGGCUCUUCCCCUCCCCAUUGCUGCCUUCUCUAGGGGAGGGGGCCUCCGGUAAAUUCCCAGAAUGCUCCUUGCCCUUUCUUGGUGAUUACCAUUCAUUAGUCAUGUUCGCUUUAAUGAGUUACAUGCUCAUCAGCCACGGGCCAUCGCCACCCUUACAGAUGGUUCUGUGGGGUGACAUUCUCAGCCAUCCCCUUGCUAGUAAGGACCAGAUAAUACCCAGGAAGCACAUAGCUCCAAUCCCAGCCCAGCAGGCAGCCUCCACAUCCCCCUCCCCAUCAGUGGGACACUCCCCACAGUGGGCCCUACCUGGGGCCAUUACAGGAUCCUAGCUGUAAUCAGUCACUGGGAAAUCAUACCUUCCUGCAGAGUCCUUUCAGGGGAGCUCAGCAACAAGGUCUGUUAAAGGUUGAAGGUCCCUGUGAGGAUACUCAUGCCAGUUUUUUUUUUCAUGGACACCAGAAGCCAUGGGCAAUCCAAACACUUUUAAGCCUAAGUCUAUGGUGGCUUUUUAAAUGGGAAUCUCCAGAAUACUCGUUUUUGCUUUGGGUCUGGGCACAUUAUCCUAUUUUGCUGUUGGUUGAAGUACUAGGGCUCUUCUGUUGAAAAGAUGGAGAGGAGAUGCCAGUGUUACGAGGUAACUCAGCUAGCAUUUGGCACCCUGGGAGAAUUGCUGAGGAGAGUGGUAGAGAGCUGCAACUGUUUUCUGUUCCACUACACUUGCCCUGGCGCCUGCUGGGUAACUACACCAUGCAAGGCUCAGGGAAACAUCAGCAACCAGAGCAGACUCCGCCCUCUGAGAUCCACACUGCACCAUCAGAGUCGGAGGAGGGGCCUGCUUGUGUGGGGAGUUCAAGGUGUCCUUGAUCACAGGGCUCUGUUGUCAGAGGCUGAUGUCCUCCAGCAUGGUGGGGCCCUAGUGCUUGGUGUCUUGAUCACCUCUGAGGUCACUCCCUUAGUGGGAAAAACGAGGCUAAGGGUCUGUUCUGAAGCAGUUUACUGAGUGACCUGGGUCCAUCCUCUAUGUUCAUUGCCUCUAAUUUUCUGGCCUGCAAAAUAAGAGGAAAGGCUUGCAUGAAGCUAGAACUGUUCUGUUUUUGCUCUUCUCACUUGGAGAGGUGUGGUAAGGGGCUGCCUUUCUGUGUUGAGCAGUAAGUAAGCAGGGUGGAGGCUGGGGAGUGGAGGGGCUCUCUCCUAUUGGAAGAAGCUUGCACAGUGGGCUUCACUGUCUCGUCAGAAGUCUUGUGAGUUGAUUUCUACCAGGACCCCCUUUAUUCAAACAGCCACUUUAAACCAAAGUGGAACCAGACUGUCUGUGCUACUUCCCACUGAUUUCUGAUAGGUUUGCAAAGGUGUCUGGCCAGGGCCGUGCAUGGUGAGUUACCUUUACUGAGCAUCCAGAUUUGGGGCACUUACUGCUGGGAGAUGUAGAAACAGGCACUCUCCACCUGGUCCUCUGAAUAUUCCCCUGCCCCAGGGACAACUCACCCUGCUUACCCAGCAAGGUGAAGCCAGCAGUCCCAGGAAUCUUGAGCCAGAAAUUAGGGAGCAGGUUGGAUGGGCAGCUAGUAGAGGGAAGAGGGGUACAAUGAUUUUUCUCUGGAUCUCCAAGAGGUUUUUGUGACUGGGUGAACGGCAGCCUCUUUGCUUGUGGAGGGCCCAGCCUACACCCCAAGUUCUAGAUCCCUCAAAAGUCCAGGCAUGAAGCAAAACCCAUUCUAAGUGAGAAAGGACAGUAGCCAGGGAAGGGAGUAGCACUAGCCUCUCACAAAUGUCUGGCCUGGAAUGAAAAUUAAGCAAUAUGCUGUCUCUUAGUGCACUGCAGCAGAGCUCGCCCUCAUGCCAUGUGGCUAAACUGGCUACUGUACCAGGAGACACCAGACCUGGGCUUCUUAAAAUGGAAUCCCAUGGGCUCUCUACACUUGACCCACCUACAUGGCAGUGUUGGGCCAUCAGGGUUUGGAAAAGCACAUGUGAAAACCAAGACCCACUGGGAGUGAACUGGCUCAGUCCCUGCCACAUUCUGUACUGUUCUCGUCCUGCUGAACUCCAGGACCUCCCAAAUCCACACUGGGCUCCGAAACCCCGGUUGUCUACCGUGUUAGGGCUGUGUGGUCUGAGCCAUUUUACUGCCUCGUGCCUCUGCAGGCCACUCUGCAAGUUGGGGAAUCACCGGAAAGAAUCAGUGAAGCUCCUGACACUGGUGAGCCCAGUGAAGAGGUGACAAUGGAGCACGGAGGUGCACAGGCCAAGCAGUGUUACUUAUUUCUGUGGAGGACCUAUAAAAUCACCAUCUGAAUAUCCCAUUUCUUUCCCCACUACCUCCCUUCAGCCUCCCAAGGUGUUUCUCCUCCUCUCCUCAGGGCCAGAUUGUUUCUGAGUGGCAACAGCUCACUUGGUCCUGACACUGCACCUCUGGGCUAAUGGAGAGGACUAAGCUGUGUGUGUGGCUUGGAAUAUUUCUGAAUUUGAAGAUGGGGAGCAAAAUCUCAUUCUCUUGUAUCACUGUGAGGGAGCUCCAGGCCCUGUACCUGGAGAAAUACCUGCUGUGCAGAAGUCACAGGUUAUAUUGGGCAAUUUUGGUACAAGCCCACCCUUAAUAACGAUAAUAAUAGCUCCAUGUGCAUGGAGCUCAUUCCACCAGUGUGAUGUCCACCAUCCCUGACUUUCCACUAGCCCUGCCUGGUGGCCUCGGUGAGGUGGUGAGCUAAGGUUCUUUCAGUUUCUGGAGCUCUUCACACGCAGCCCCUGGGAACACCUGGAGCCUGGGGGGAGACAGCACCCAGAGUGCCGGCACAAUCAAACUCUUGGCACGGUGUCCUUAACAAUAGUGCGCAGAAGAUUUUGCUGCCUCUGCUUGCACCAGGAAGAGGCCCAGGGCUCCCUGUGGUCAUAUUUUCUACCCCAGACAUUCUUGGGAAUGUUUCUGGCUCCAGUUGAAUUUUCUCCACCCAAAUCCCAGUGAUAAAUGGAUCCAUGAUGGUAAUUAAAAGAAGAGAAGAAAAUAUUAUUUUUGUUAGGACAAACCAUCGUAGAUUUUUAGCAAUGUGUAUCUGUGUGUCCCUCACACCUUUUCCUAUUCUGCCUUUUUUUUCUUUUUUUUUAAAUAUUAUGUACUAUAUUUUUAGUCUCAAACACACUAUAUAUUAUAUAUAUUUAAUUUUUUAUAUAUAUAAAUAUAAAUGUUUUAAAAAGUGCUA